UCCGGAAUACCCAUCAAGAAGUCGAAGACUCGUAGUGAUGUCAGGAGUUGGGAGUUACGAGCCACGAGAGAGAGAGAGAGAGAGAGCAACAGAAAGAAAGAAAGAAAGAGUUUGAAUGCGGCAUUGUGGUGUGGGUUGCACUUUAUUCUCUUCAAAUUCCACUCUUUGCUUUGCUGUGCCCAAAAUCUGGUUUUUUUUUUUUUUACAACAGGAAAUCCCCCCAUAACCCGGCACCUAAUAAGCUCCUUCUUUCUGGGCUUCCAUUCUAUGUUUCUACCUGUCCCUGUCCCUCUCUAAUCAUGUGUGCAUUGUCUUCUUUCUAACCAUUAAUCUUGUCCUUUCUGCAUUGCCCCUUUGAGUUUUUGUCAGCUGGGGUUGAGUUCAUUAUAUUAGAGGAUAAGAAACACACACAAAUAUCAUCUUAACCUGGAUGGACUCCUGUUUUUGGAAUGAAACCAACAAUGCCAAACAAUUUGGACUUUCUUCAUUACCUGAAAAAGAAGCAGAGGAUUCUGGGUCGCCCCCAUUUGGUAGUGAAUCCCAUUCUCCCUUGUUUUUAACUGCCAAAUGAGCUUUCUUCCUUUACACACACAAAUUGCAAGGAAAUUUCCAGUUUUCUUCUUGUUUUUUGGUUUUUGUGAAUAGCUGCAAUUGUGGUUUGAAGUGAGAAUCAGAAAGUUUUGAUCUUUCUACACUUCACUUGUAUGAAUUUCUGAAACAAUGAGAGAUGACAACUCCAAGAAAACCAAGCUUUCAUGGACCAAGACUCUGGUCAAGAAAUGGUUCAAUAUCAAGAGCAAAGCUGAUGACUUUCAUGCGGAUGAUGACUUAGUUUGUGGAGGUGUUGAUGAUGAAUGCAGUGGUAAUUUUUCAGAGAGGGAGGCAAACACUAUCAAGAAAAGCAAAACAGAGAGGUCAGGCAGAAGGAACUUUGAUCGAGUACGACAAAGUAGGAUUGACAUUGAUGCCUCUCGGGUUAUGGAUGUUAAUAACUAUAGGAUAUUUGUGGCUACAUGGAAUGUGGCUGGAAAGUCUCCACCUAGUAAUUUAAGUCUUGAUAAUUGGCUCCACACUUCGCCCCUUGCUGACAUCUAUGUUCUGGGGUUUCAAGAAAUUGUUCCCUUAAAUGCUGGGAAUGUGUUGGGCACAGAAAAUAAUGGCCCGGCUAGGAAAUGGCAAGCGCUCAUCCGGAAAACACUAAACGCUCUUCCUGGCACUAGUGGUAGUUUUCACACACCCUCCCCGGUUCCUAAUCCCAUUGUGGAACUAAAUGCUGACUUUGAGGGCUCAACAAGGGAGAGAGCCCCGUCUCUCUACCACCGUCGCUCAUUUCAAUCAUUGAGCCGUAGCUUGAGAGUGAUGGAGAAUGACGUGUCGAUGCCUCAAUCUAGAAUUGAUCAUCGGUUUAGUGUUUGUGAAAGGGAUGUAUUGGGACACAGAUCCAGUGAUUAUGAACCAAAUGGGAUUUGGGAUGCUUCAUCUGAUGAUGAAAAUUCUCCAGAUGGCUCUCUGAUUACAACAGACUAUUACCCAGUGGUAUAUAGCGGUUCUAGUUCUAUGGAGGAUCGAGACAAACGCCCUGCACAAUCCAGGUUCUGUUUAGUUGCAAGCAAGCAGAUGGUUGGGAUAUUUCUUAGCAUAUGGAUAAAAGCCGAUCUAAGGGACAAUGUUCGAAACCUGAAAGUGUCUUGUGUUGGAACAGGCUUGAUGGGCUAUCUUGGAAACAAGGGAUCAAUCUCAGUUAGCAUGUCAUUGCACCAAACAAGCUUCUGCUUUAUCUGUACCCAUUUAACUUCUGGACAGAAGGAAGGCGAUGAGCUGCGGAGGAACUCUGAUGUCAUGGAGAUUCUCAAGAAAACGAGGUUUCCAAGAGUUCAUGGCACGGGGGAUGAGGAUUCUCCUCAAACAAUCCUUGAGCACGAUCGAGUGAUAUGGCUCGGGGAUUUGAACUACCGGAUUGCUCUAUCUUACCGAACUGCAAAGACACUAGUUGAGAUGCGAAAUUGGAGGGCGUUACUAGAAAAUGAUCAGCUGAGAAUAGAGCAGAGAAAUGGCCGUGUCUUUCCUGGUUGGCAUGAAGGACAAAUAUAUUUCCCUCCUACAUAUAAAUAUUCAAGUAAUUCAGACCGAUAUGCAGGGGAUGGCUAUACACAUUCAAAAGAGAAACGAAGAACACCAGCAUGGUGUGAUCGUAUAUUAUGGUAUGGUAGUGGCCUCCAUCAAAUAUCAUACGUUCGUGGAGAGUCCAGAUUUUCGGAUCAUAGACCAGUUUGUAGCGUAUUCAUGGCAGAGGUUGAAUCCAUUAACCAUAACCGGUUCAGAAAAAGCUUGAGCUAUUCCAGCUCUAGGGUUGAGGUUGAAGAAUUGUUGCCUCGUUCACAUAUACAUGGUGGAUGGAGUUACUAUUAAGAAAGAACAUUACAUAGGAAUUGAAAGACUAAAACUGUAUUUUACAACUCGAUCUGGAAAUCUAUACUUAGGGAGCAUAAUGGGAA